GUUCCCACCCUCUUCUCUCUUGUGCCUCUUUCCCAUCUUUCUCUUUCUUUUGCCCUCUUUUCUUCUUCUUCAUCUUCUCUCUCCUUUUUCUUUCUCUGUCCAUCAUCAUCUUCAUUAUCACCCACCACCGCCCCUAUCUUCUUUCUCUCUUCCUGCUUUUCAUCUUUGGUUUGUAGCUGUUUCUCGGUCUUCUCUUCCUUGAUCUGAUGAAGAAGAUGAAAGGGGUUGUUGUACCUAUGGAGUCUUCUCGUUAUGAUGUGUUUCAGGAUCAGAGGACCAGGUUGAGGCAUCAGAGUCUCUUGCAGGACUAUGAGGACCUGCAAAAGGACACAGAAGCUAUGAAGAGGAAAUUGGAGGCCACAAAACAGAAAAAAUUGAUACUAUCAGCUGAAGUCCGCUUUUUGAGGAAACGUUACAAAUACUUACUGAAGAACCCUUCACCAAAGCCUCAACAAAAGCAAGUAGUUUUGCAGACACAAAAGGUCAAAAUGCAAGCUCCAGUUAUCCCUAAGGGAAGGAAUUACAAUAGGAAGGAAUCCACUUCGCGUCUCGCAAAUGCUUCUCCGAUGAACCCGAAAGAAAGGGUUUCCAACGGGGUUGAAGUCUCAUUGCCAAAAACUUGCCAUGUGUUUGAUUUGAACCAGAAUGCUAGGACUUUAAGUAGAAAAGUUGCUUCUUUCCACACUCCUGCAACUGCGCCGGUGCUUGACUUGAAUCAUAAAGAUAGGAUUCACAAUGGGAAGGAAGCCUCCAAGAAGAAUAUAACUCCAUUUUUCGACCUGAACCAAAUUUCGAGAGAAGAGGAGGAAUUACAGGGCAACAGUGAGCCCAUGAUAAUUGAAGAACCAAAGAGAAGUACGCAACGAGUUGUAGGCGACGAGCAGCAGAAUGAUAUCAUGCUUUCAGCCUGUAGAAACAUUGGGGACGGAUCGAACAGAACAGGGAAGAGGAAGAUUUCAUGGCAAGACCAGGUGGCAUUAAGGGUUUGAUCUUAAGAAUAAUAAUGCUAGGCUGAAUUCCUACCCUUUGGAAUGUUUAGUCUUCCUUUAUAUGUAGCAUAUUUCGUUACAUUCAACAAAAAAAACAUUUCUAGUUUUAUGCUUCAUUUUGUAAAGAUAAAAGAUAGCAUACAGGAUCAUGUGUUAAAAUAUAUAUAUAUAAUAUUAGAUGAAAUGGAGAAUUUAUUCUCAGAAA